GGCAGAUCAUACAACACACAGCUCACCCUAACCGAGCCUGAUCAUGGCCAAAUGGUUGAAUAAAUAUUUCAGCCUGGGCAACAAUAAUAACAAUAAGACCAAGAGCCCCCCGCAGCCCCCCAGGCCGGAUUACAAAAGGAACGGCGGCACCGAUCGCUCGUUCCACCUGCAAAAAGAGCAGCAGCUACAGUCCUUCCCCCAGUUUCACCAUCACACGUCGCCGCUGCCCGGUCACUGCAGGGAGGAGAGCGAUCUCAUCAGAGCCUACCGGGCCCAGAAGGAGAGGGACUUCGAGGAUCCGUACAACGGGCCCGGCUCUUCCCUCCGCAAGCUGAGGGCGAUGUGCAGCGAGGAGCAGCAGCAGCAGAUAGAGGGCAGGAGGGGCAGUGCCAGGGCUCCCGGGGGCAGCAGCAGCAACAGCCUCUUCCAGGAGCCUUGCCCCGGCUCUAGCACCAACACCACCUCCUCGUCAUCAUCGUCCUCCUCCUCCCCGCACCUGUACCGCAGCAACAGCGAGAGGAGGCCGGCCAGGGCCAGGCACCAGCAGCCGCCAGUCGGGGCAGAGCUCAAGUACAUCGUGUCCCCCAAGCACCGGCUCAUCAAGAUUGACAGCUGCGGCUGGACUGACAGCGGCACCGGAGCCGGCCUUUCGGGGUCAGCAGGCAUCACUUGGAGCCCGGCGGUGACCACAGCAAUGAGCAAGAGCGAGGAGCAGAAUAAGGACAAGGACAAGGUUGUGAUUGCUGAUGACUACUCUGAUCCCUUCGAUGCUAAAAACGAACAGAAGAAAAAAGGUGUCAUAACUGAAAACAAUGGCUACAUGGAACCCUAUGAAGCCCAAAGAUUGAUGACAGAUAUUCAAAAGCACAAGCCAGUGCUUAUUUAA